AUGGCUCCGUUCACUAUCCUACAAUAUGCCUUGGUUUGUAAAGAGAAGGCUUCAUCAAGCUCCCUGGCAUUGGAAAAAGAUCGCUUCUUUGGUGGGGUUCAUACUAACAAGAGGUGUGAGUAUGGAGUGGAGGCGUACAAUCCUCAAUUUUUCAGUAGAAAGUUUGGGCUUGUUCAGGCUAUUCCAGAAUUGAAGUAUAAUUCUAUUGAUGACAAAACAGGAAGAGGCAUAUAUGAUGAGGAAGUUAAAACGUCUUCAAGGAAUGGAGAAACCUUCUUAGGUGGACCGAGUGGCCUUGAGGAUGUUGGUCGAGGCAAUGCUCCAUCUUCUGGUGGCAUUCUUCUGGAAGAUGAGAGAAUAGAAAGAACUUUAGCUUCACCCAUCCCUUCUCGACCUUCUGCUUCGAAUCCGACUCCCAAAGAUAAAGGGAAGGCUCAUCUGAUAAAGGAUGAUGAUGAUGAAGAAGAGGUACCACUUCAGAGAAACCAAAGAGCCUCUGCUCCCCUAACUCCAGAUGUCAAUCCUGAAUCGGCCCUUGAAGAUGGUAGAAUUCUCCUUUCAGGCCUAUUUCGUUCAGUAUUCGGAGGAGAAACUUGUGAAAAAAGAUCAAUGAGGGAUUCACCUUUUAGGGAUGAGAGAAUGCCCAAGAUGGGUGCUGCGCCAGUGACUCGGAGACCAGGGAAAGAAAUAGCUUUGGGACCUUCUACCAGGGACAGAAGGUUCCAGCAGAUUCAUUUGAAGGUGAAGACUAUAAAGCUAGACGAGGGGGAAGAUCUUCCAUCUUUUGAGCCGCAAUCGGGCCUAAACGCAACUGCUGAAGGGCGUGUUGUUGGGAGGAGGCUUCCUGUUUUUCCAGAAUCAAGCGUGCCUAGUGCUUUUGGGCCUAAGUUUGAGAGUGCUGUUAACCUUACAAGUGCAGAAGGCAAGCAGAUUAUUGGAGGUUUGAGAAAGCCUGAUGAAGCACUUGGUGCCGUGGUGGACAAGCUCAGGGCUCUUUGUGCUAGAGAUAUGCCAUAG